GAGUAGAGGGUCAGAAAAUCAUCCAGGGUACCCCAAAAAAGGCCCAAAAAAAUCUGCCAGUUAGAUUAAAAAAAACUGAUGGUCAAAUAAAGGAACUUACAGACUUUGAUGCUGAAUCUGUUGUUUUCAAGGGAUCAACCAGACGCUCCGAUGGGGCAGGCCAUUACCAAACGCAAUGUCCUGUCUCCAACCGUCCGCUUCUCCACACAAGAUGAAGAACCUCCCAGAUAUUCUCCUCACCACUUUGAUGGCAGAGACCAAAACCUCCAGAUCCCUCCGAUUGUUGUUGAGGAUUCCAGCGACACUGCGGAGCGGCGGGACUCACGGGCGGAGCUGCGCCGCUCCUCGCUCUACAGCACCAUCGACCUGGUUCCUCAGCUGGAGCAUUAUGCUAGCACCAUACCGCGCCAUCAAGCGAAGAGCAGACCCUCCCUGGAGGUGCUGAGGAAGGCCUUUGAGGAGAAGGAGGGUGGCGUGGAUGGAGAAAUCACUUUAGACCUUUCAGUGCCACAGACUGAAGGUGAAGUGCCUCCAAACCCCAAAGGGAAAGCUCCCAUCCGGUUUGGGUGGGUAGUCGGAGUGAUGGUGCGCUGCAUGCUGAACAUUUGGGGGGUCAUAAUGUUCCUGCGUCUGUCGUGGAUCACCUCACAGGCAGGUGUUGUGCUGACGUGGGUGAUCAUCUUCAUGUCUGUGGUGGUGACCACUGUGACGGCGCUCUCCAUCUCUGCCAUCGCCACCAACGGCAGGGUCAUUUCAGGUGGGACUUAUUUCCUGAUCUCCCGAACUCUGGGUCCGGAGAUCGGAGCACCGAUCGGGAUGAUCUACUCCUUCGGCAACGCCCUUGCCUGUGCGCUCAACACUAUUGGCUUUUCAGAAGUGGUCCGUGAUCUCAUGCAGGAUUUAGAUGUCGUCGUUGUGGAUUCGAUCAAUGACGUGCGCAUUGUCGGGGUGGUCACUGUGACCAUCCUCAUGUGCAUCACUGUGGCUGGAAUGGAGUGGGAGUACAAGACUCAGAUGUUGUUCUUAGUAGGUCUGCUGGUUUCACUUGCAAAUUUCGUGGUGGGCACAUUCCUUCCUCAAAGUGUGGAAAACCAAUCGAUGGGAAUCUUUGGUUACAGAAGUGAUAUCUUUGUAGAAAACCUGACACCAAGCUUUAGAGGGCCUAAAGGAGACUUCUUCCAGAUGUUUGCCAUUUUCUUCCCAGCUGCCACUGGAAUUCUGUCUGGAGCUAACAUCUCUGGAGAUCUUAAAGACCCAAACACCGCCAUCCCUAAAGGAACGCUCAUGGCUAUUUUUUUUACGACGCUGAGCUACCUAGUUAUUUCUGUAACUACUGGAGCAUGUGUGGUGCGGGAUGCCUCCGGAAACAUGAGCGACAUGAUCAGUGCCAACAGCUCGGACGGCUGCAUAGGACUGGCGUGCAAGCUGGGCUGGAACUUCACUCACUGCAUCCAGUCCCAGUCCUGUCAGUUCGGACUGGCCAACAGUGUGAAGGUUAUGGGACAGAUUUCUGGGUACUACUACCUCAUCACUGCUGGAAUUUUUGCUGCUAGUUUAUCUUCUGCUCUUGGGUUUCUCGUCUCUGCUCCAAAAGUGUUUCAGUGUCUGUGCAAAGACCAAAUCUACCCAUACAUAAUAUUCUUUGCAAAGGGUUAUGGGAAAAACAAUGAGCCACUUCGAGCUUAUGUCCUCUGCUACCUGAUUGCUGUGACCUUCAUCAUCAUUGCUGAGCUGAACACCAUUGCAGCCUUGAUCUCAAACUUCUUCCUGUGCUCCUACUCUCUGAUAAACUUCAGCUGCUUUCACGCGUCCAUCGUAAACUCACCUGGUUGGAGGCCGUCAUUCCGUUACUACAGCAAGUGGGCGUCUCUGUUCGGAGCUGUGAUCUCUGUGAUUCUGAUGUUUCUGUUCACAUGGUGGGCCGCUCUGGUCACUUUCUGCAUCAUCUUCUCCCUGUUUGGAUAUGUCAACUACAAAAAACCAAAUAUGAACUGGGGUUCAUCAGUUCAAGCAGGCACAUACAACAUGGCUUUGUCCUACUCCGUCUCUCUGACCAAUGUGGACGAUCAUGUGAAGAACUUUAGGCCUCAGUGUCUGGUCUUGACUGGACCACCAAACCAGCGACCUGCUCUGGUUGAUUUUGUUGGUUGCUUUACGAAACACGCCAGCCUUAUGAUCUGUGGAGACAUCGUCAUGGAGCAGGACAGAAAGACUCGACCAAACAACACCACAGACGUGUUGGUGAAGUGGCUUAACAAGAGGAAGGUGCGAUCCUUCUAUACUCCUUUCAUCGGAGACAACCUGAGAACUGGAGCUCAUCAUCUGCUACAGGCUUCUGGACUCGGCAAGUUAAAACCCAACACUCUGGUUCUGGGCUUUAAGGCAAACUGGAGGGACAGCGCUCCAGAUACCAUCGAGGAUUAUAUUAACACCAUUUAUGAUUCCUUUGACUCCAAUUACUGUUUGUGCAUCUUGAGGAUGAUGGACGGCCUGGACGUCACUGCAGACUUGGAUUUUCAAGUGAACGAUGGCUUUGAAGCUGAUGAACCUGAAGAACCCGUGGAACACGAUGACCAGCAGAGUAAUGAUGAAGACCCAGCUGCUGACAUGUCUGAUGAAGACAACAGUGAUCAGAUCAAGACUGUUUUCCAGAACGAUCAGGGCAAAAAGACCAUUGAUGUCUACUGGAUAGCUGAUGAUGGAGGUCUGACUUUACUGGUGCCCUACCUGCUGACCAGGAGGAAACGCUGGCGCCGCUGCAAGGUCAGAGUCUUCAUCGUGGGAGAUGAACAAAACGAGGAGGAGGGCCGCAAGGAGAUGAUCACUCUGUUGAAGCGUUUCCGUCUGAAUGUUAAUGAUGUCAUCGUCAUGACGGACAGUGAGAAGCGUCCUCAAGCUAAGAGCCUGACCCGGUUCGUGGACAGCGUCGCCCCCUUCAGGCUGUAUGAUGAACAGCAGGAAGGCGCUUUAGUGCAGGAGCAGAGAGAGAAUGCCCCAUGGAAAAUAUCUGACAAAGAGUUAGAGGUGUUCAGGCUUAAGUCUGAGAGGAAGAUCCGGCUGAAUGAAAUUAUCCGCAAGAACUCACACCACACUGCUCUGGUGCUCGUGAGCCUCCCUGUGCCGCACAGAGACUGCCCCUGCGCUCUGUACAUGGCCUGGCUGGACACGCUGACCUGCGGCCUUCACUGUCCCGCCGUGCUCAUCCGAGGAAACCAGCAGAACGUCCUGACUUUCUACUGCCAGUAAACCCUGAGUAGUUCUGACGUAACUAGAACAAAACUGACAUCCUAAAAACAACCAGAGAGACGAAACCAGCAGCUGUAUGACCAGAACAAAGGACUCAAAGAGUUAGUUCACAAUAUUAGACUUUUAACAUCCUUCUUAAGUUAAAAAGUUAAGAACUUUUUCUUAAACUUAAAAAAAUACACAAGCCACAUUAGCCGAGAUUCCACCUUAGUAGGUCUAUAGGUGCUCUGAUUUUUUGAUCAGAAGCUCUGCUUUAACGAGAUGCCUGUUAUUCACUGAAGUCCACUAUGGUUCCAGAAAAGAUAGCCUUUGUUUUCUCAGAAAUAAAAUAAGAAAAUCUUCUCUUAAAGAGUUUUGUUUGGUAUGCCUUGGAUAGUUUAGAAUAACAAUACUUUAAUACAUCCACUCUUUCAUUACUACUUUGUUAUAAAAAUGAGACACCCUUCCUCCCCCCAGUCCCAAUGAGACAAUUACUGGGAAAUAAAAUAAAACCAAACUCCUUCUCGUUAUUGUUUCCUUGCGUUAAUAAAAAUGUAUUUACACAAAAUAGCAUUGGAAAACACACACUUUGUGAAUAAAAUCAAAAAUAAAAAAGAAAGAGAUAUAUCUUAUUGAGUACACUGUACUUUUAUUUAAAUAUGUCAGCAUAAAAGUUUGUGAAAAAUAUAUUUAUUUUAGUAACAUUUUUAAAAUAUUUGGUUAAGAUUGCUAUAUGGGGUGCAUUGGAUAGGGAUAGGAGUGGUUGGAUAAGGGAGUUCAGAAAAGAAGAAGAUGUUGAGGUCUCUGAUCUGGGGACUAUAAAAAGGCAGUUUGUCGUGUUAGAAGAUAAUUGCAAAAACGACAGAGGUGACCAAAUAAGAAUAAGGAGAACAACAAGAUCUGAUUAUUUCAGACAGAACUGUAAUUUGAGAAUUGAAUGACAUAUUUUCUUUAAAGUUAAGAAAGUCUUCAACCAUGAGUCUCAAACUUCUGUGGGGCAAUCUCUCAAGAUUUCAGGUUGGUGGUGAAGUUGUGGUGGAUGUAAGAAAAGGAGAGGCAGGAAAUGUCAGGGUUUUAGUUUAGAAUUUCGAGAUGUUUUUGUCUCAUUCAAGUGAAAAUGACAAUGACUCUGUCAUGACAUUUGGUGGAAAAGAAGAAGACCUAUUGUCAGAAAUAAAACCAAAAAAACAACAACAAAAAUGAAAGAAUGACAAAGCUGAGAGAUGAGAAAUUGACUAAAAAUUGAAGAGGGGCCAGAACAGAACCCUGUGGAACACCGUUCAAAUAGUUUAAAAGUUUGUUUAAGAAAGAUGGGACACUUGUUCACUCUGUAUAGAAGGAGGAUGCCCACUUCGUAAAUGACUACAGAAAGAUUACCAAGUAUCACUGCAGUACAACCUGAGCUGUGGGAGUACAGAGGAAAUUCCAGUACCACAAAUUUUAUGAGUACAUAACAAAUGUGGGGAGGAAUCUGUCUGACCAACAGGUCGGUCUGAACCCAAAAAGAACUGACACUCAGGCAAUAUCUUUAAAUAAAUCUAGCACUGAAUUUGAAUAUUUUGUCCAGGAUUAGUGAAUUUGCUUGUUUUAUUAAAUGUCUCUUUUUUUCAAUAACUUUUUACACAGCUAUAAUUAUGCAGACAUUACAUUUUUGUUUGUAUUUCUUUUGGGAUGGUGAAGAUUUACAUGUAAUGUGAUAACUGUUUUUAAUUGAGAGUUAUUGUCCUAGACUGAACAAUCUACGUUUUUCUGAUAAAAGAUGUUAAAAUUAAUAUCAAUAAUUGGAUUUUAAAAGCUCUUAAAACAUGUUUGAUCUUUUUUAAGCAUAAAUAAAUUUUCAGCUUUAUUGUACAUGUUCUUUGUUGCUCAAAUGUCACUUUGCUAUGUUUCAUAAUGUUGUCCGAUGAAUUAGUCGCAUAAGUCCCCUAAUAUUAUUCAGUGAGCCCAGAAAUGUGUCUCUCUGUUGGUUUGGGAACGCUGGCAAAUAGUGAAAUUGUUAAAUUUCCUUCAGUAAGACACUGAUAGUACAGUAAUUGUAAAUUGUGUUUAGGAAUAAAAUUUUGUGUGUUUUCCCACUCUAAAUUUACAACCGGCAGCAGUGGAUGCAGUUUAUUUUUAUAGAGCAUAGGAUUUAUUCAUUUUUGCUACUUCAUAAAUGACAAUUUAUUGUGUAAAACUUGGAAUACAACUGUUGCUUGAAACAAGAAUCCCAGGAAUCUGCUAAAAAUGAAAUAAAAUAA